AUGGCUGGUGAAGCUGCAGUAAGCUACGACUAUCUCUUCAAGGUGGUGCUAAUCGGUGACUCGGGUGUUGGGAAAUCAAAUUUGCUUUCGCGUUUUACACGCAAUGAAUUCAACCUCGACUCAAAGUCCACGAUUGGCGUCGAAUUUGCCACGCGGACGGUUCAGGUGGACGGAAAGACGGUGAAGGCGCAGAUAUGGGAUACUGCUGGUCAGGAGAGAUAUCGCGCCAUCACAUCGGCUUACUACCGCGGUGCAGUCGGUGCAUUGCUCGUAUACGACAUCGCCAAACAGUCGACCUUCGAUAACGUCCAGAGGUGGUUGAAGGAACUGCGGGAUCAUGCGGACUCGAACAUCGUCAUCAUGCUUGUAGGAAACAAGAGUGACUUGAAGCACCUAAGGGCUGUAUUGACUGACGUUGCACAGUCAUUUGCUGAGGAGAAUAAUUUGUCUUUCAUGGAGACAUCAGCGCUCGACGCUUCGAAUGUGGAGGCGGCUUUCCAAAGCAUCCUGACUGAUAUUUACCGUAUCGUUUCUGCGAAGGCCUUGGACCAGAAUCAAGGACCUGGUCUCACACCCGGGCCGAGGGAAACUAUUACUGUCAGCAAGAGUGAGGAGAAGAAGAACGGAGGCUGCUGCGCCUCUAAUUGA